GAGUGUGUGACUAAAGACCCGUCUCAGAGACAGGAGUGAGCACCGCGUGGAUCUCUCCUCAAAAGUUGAGCGUUCAAGAAAGAGUGUGAGCAUUUGUGUGGGAGUCUUUGUGAGUCAGAUUCAACGGAAUACAAAACUUCCCAGAAUUCCACAACAAAAAGCCUGAAAAGAAAAGAAGGAACAAUGUCAAGUGCAAUCAUGAGACGAAGCUCCAGCAAACAGGGUUUGCAGAAUCUUCUGAGAGUGACAGCCCAGCGGAGUAUCGAAGAUGCAGAAGAGAUCGAGAGAGAGAGACGGCGUAGGAUCCGGGAGGCCUUCCGAAAUCAACACAGCCUGUCUGGAUCUACAGGGUCUCCUCAGGACAGUACGAGCCCACCUGAGGCUAGCCUCUAUGAAGGUGACCUCAGCACCUUCAAACCCAGCAGCCCUAUGACUCUGGAUGAGGAUGAAGGCUUCAGCGACUGGACCCAGAGGCUGGAAAGAGGAACACGUCCUAGACCAGAACAGAACGGUCAUGCGGAAGAGCUGCAUGAGGAGGAUAAAAGAGCGAAUGCAAGAUCUAGACAAAAGGAGAAGACCAGUUUCACCACCUCAAUGCAGCAUCACCAAACUCAAAACACAAACCAAGAGGAUGAGGUAGAGGGACAACGACCAGCGAGGAAGAGCAAUGAGAGGGUGAACAGUCAGAGUCCAGAGGAAUGGCAUGAAGACAUCAGACACAUCAAAAGAACUCAAGAGGAAACAAAACCACCAAUGGUGAACAAGAUGAAAGAGGAGAGAAAGGAGGUGAAGGUGUCAUACACUUCUAAAGUCUUCCUACAGCAGGAUAGACUGCCUAAUGGUAAUGGAGUAGCAGCUGUUGAGGAAGUGACAUCACAUUUGGUCAAAACCAAAAGAUCUCCAAGGAUCGUAGGAACAGAUCAAGCCCGUGAGACAAAGAAAGAGAUGGACACAGAUCUGGAGGCAGAGCUGAAGCUCGAGAAGAUUCGUCAUAGCCACCAGGAGAAAGAGAGUCAGAAGCUGGAGCAUUUUCAGCAACGUCAUGCCGAGGCUGAACUGGAGUUUGAGGAACUGAAGAAGAAGAGAGAGGAACGCCACAAAGCCCGUGAAGAGGAUGAGCGUAGGAAAGAGGAAGAGGAAAAGCAGAAACAGGCCAAAAAAGAGGGGGAGAAGAGACAAAUGAAGGAGAUCGAGAGGAGGAGGAUGGAGGCGACAGAGAAGAGAAUGAAGAAUCUCAACACUUCUUCCACAGAUGGCGAUGACCCAUAUAACACUCUAAACCCCAUAAAUCCAACUUUCAAAAUCACAGAGAGGACAGUGUCUUUGAAUCGAUCUUUAAAGAAAAGUAACAGCUUUAAGAAGACUCAGAGACCUGUACUGCUACCCAAGAUUGAUGACAAACUGGAGCAAUACACACAUGCAGUAGAGAGCUCCUUCAAAGAACCAAAGAUGACUAAGUCAGUGGUGGUGGAUGUGCCCUGCGUCUCUGCACCAGUGGCCUCUAAAAAAAACUUGUUUGAAGCCGGAGAGGCCUGGAUUCAAACCACCCCAAAAGGCACGCCUUCAAAGGAUACUGACUGUGUGAAAAUGGGAGUGGCAAACCUGAUCAAUCAUUGGGUGAAAGGAAGUCCGGAGGGCGGGAACAGACACUCCCCCUCCACACCAUCUGAUGUUAAACAUGGAGAUGUUCUGCAGAAGAAGAACAUGUGGGAAAUCAUUGGAGAGGGUUCUGCAGCUGAGAGGUCAGGGCUCGGAGGAAAGGGCUCCUUUAUGGGUAAACGGUACAAGUUUGUUGUGACAGGCCAUGGCAAAUACGAGAAGAUUUCAACUGAUGAUGAUUACAGUGUCUACCCAAAUGGGAAAUCAAGUGAAUUUUCCAAUGAUGACUUGUGAGGAAUUUAAUUUAGCAGCAAAUUAUAUCCAUGACUGGGGUGAUUCACCAAGAUCUCUUUGUUUAUUUUUGGCAUUAAAUGACCUAUAAAUACCACAGUACAUCAAACAACUUAUACUUAAAGAAGUAACAAAUAACAUUACAUUUUAUGUACUUUUCUGUCUUAAAUUUUGAUCAAUUUCUAUCGUUCUAUUUUUGACUGUUCUGUUUUCUUCCUAAUAGAAAACUCAGUUUGUUACAUAUACAAUGUUUGAAGCAAACAAAUUCUCAGAAAUGUGACCAAUUAAUUGCCAUACAUUUUAAAGACUUUUAUUUUGCCUAAGUACUUUUCCUUAGUAUUAAUGUUGAUAUUAUGCCCUCUUUUAACAGUUGUGAAUGUUAAAGAUAGUCCUAGAUGUUUGCUACCUAAAUUUUAAUGUUGAUUAUCGAUGCUGGAUUUUUUUAUAUUCUGAAACAUUGUUACAUUUAUUUAAAUAACAUAAAAUAAAAUAAAUAAAAAAAUAAAAACUUUCUUACCACCAUUAAGAUUAAAUUGAAAUAAAUUUAAGAGUAAGGCAUUCUUUAAUUUCCAGAACCACUUCUAAUAGAGAGGAAAUUAAUGAAGCUAAUUUGUAUGACUUUUGAGUGAUAACCAAUCUUUGCCUUAUCAAUCUUACUUCCUUGGUGUAUGUUAUAUUGUAUUACAAAUAUUUCAUUUUGUUACCUCUCUUGUCAUGUUUUUUGUAGUUCUGUAUAAUGACUACACUCUCUUUUGUUUUCAGGAAAACACUGGAUUUAGUCAAUUUAUCAUAUUUAUGAUAUUAAUAUAAACAUGUUUGUUUAGUUACAAGCAUUUUGUGACCCAUUGGUAUACUGAACAGGGUGGUUAAAAUGGGAAUGUGACUUGUAAUCCAAUAACAGUUUUAGUUUCAAUAAAAGUGAUAUUUUGUUUGAUUCUUAA